CAUGCAGCUGUUCGUAGUCGCCCUUCUGGUGGCCGCUGCUGCGGCCGCUCCGCAGUUCAGUGAUUUCAACCAGGACUUCAACAGCCAACAGUUUGUCAGCAGCGGCCAGCCGGAAGUGCGGAUCCUUAGUCAGAAGUCCGAUCAAGAUCAAGUGGGGAACUACGAGUACAGCUACGAACAGGACAACGGACAGCGGAUGCAAGAGGUGGGACGAGUGCAGCCAGGACCCGAGCCAGAGACCGGCAGUAUCUCCAUGGAGGGCAGCUACGAGUUUGUCGGCAACGACGGCAACACCGUACCAGCUCAGAUCCCCGAGUACGAGCAGCUGAGGCGGGACUACCCGCAGCUGUUCUGGGCCGAGAACGGAGGAGCCGGCAUUAUUGUCAACGACCAGCAGCAGUUCAACCAGCAACAGUUCGACCAGCAGCAGGGGCAACAGUUCUUCUUUAAUUGA